UCACUAAAUCAAAGAAAAAUCUGCAAGUGUCACGUCGCUGUAACAGUGAGUGUCAUUUGGACGAUAUGACAAUUUAUCAGGCAAAAUUUCAAAAGAUGUAAAUUAAAAAUAGCAAAAAUAAAAAUGCCCUCAACUCGUCGCGCGUACCCACUCGCCGACCGAGGAAUAUUUUCGGAAUGUGGGGUUUGUUUGGGUGACGCAGGAGGAUGUUUCAUGUCUCACUUUGAUAUAGUCUAUCAUGACCGAGCUGAAAACUACUGUAUCAGAAGAAAAUACGUUAUCUGUUAAAGGAUAUAGAUUAACUAAAUUCGUCGGCGAAGGAGCUUACGCUAAGGUAUAUCUUUCUGAAUUUACAGGCAAAGACGACAGUAAAGUAACACUGGCCUGCAAAAUCAUCGAGACCUCGAAAGCCCCGAAAGAUUUUGUGAUAAAAUUCUUACCGCGCGAAAUAGAAGUUUUGAUUAGACUCAAUCAUCCUCACUUGAUCCACGUGCAUAGCAUAUUUCAGAGAAAAACCAAGUAUUACAUCUUCAUGCGGUACGGCGAAAAUGGCGACCUUUUGGGAUACAUUCUAAAGAACGGAUGCGUUUCAGAAAACCAAUCCAGAGUAUGGUUGCGACAAUUGGCACUAGGUUUGCAGUAUCUCCACGAGCUGGAAAUUGUGCAUCGGGACAUUAAAUGCGAGAACAUUUUGUUGACCGCAAAUUUUAACGUGAAACUGUCCGAUUUUGGUUUCUCUAGAUUUUGUGUGAAUGAAGAAGACGAGCCGAUUUUGAGCGAAACCUAUUGUGGGUCUAUGUCUUACGCCGCACCAGAGAUACUUCGCGGCAAACCGUAUCAUCCCAAGCCUACGGAUCUCUGGUCUAUCGGUAUCGUGUUGUUUGUGAUGUUGAACAAAUCUAUGCCGUUUGAUGACACCCGAAUGAAAAAGCUGUAUGACCAGCAAAUGGGAAAGAAAUACAGAUUCAGAUCGAAAGUAGCGAGUGUUAUAUCUUUGGAGUGUAAAUUUGUUGUUAAACAUUUACUGGAGCCCGAUCCAGGUUUGAGACACACCGCCACACAAGUUCUUGGCUCUGAUUGGGUUGCUAUGGACAGUCGACUCACAACGUUAAAUGCAGUAGAAGCCGCAGCCCUGCAAAAAGCAAAAGAAGAACGAAAAAAGUUGUCCGAUAGUCAUAGAGUUCCUCCUAAACGGCAGGGUGACAUUUUAGAGCGAGACCACAAGGAAACUAAUAGGGUUAGUGAAAUGAUAAAGUCUUUGGCUAAUUUAACAGCAAAGCAAAAUACAAGAACAGAUUAAAUGGAGGGAAAAAUAAAGGUAGAUAUGUAUCUGUAACUAUAGGCAAAUCAUAUCUGAAUCAGUAUUUGGUUUGUCUUUAUAUCAUGUGUCGAUAAUAGCAUUCAAAUAACUGGAAAUAUUCAAUACAGCUCAGCAUUGAGAAUGACUUGAAGUUAACUGGGUCGGAACAGUUAACACUCGCUACUCGAGGAUAUAA